UCUCCUCUCGUUUUACCUUCAACAUGGCGGACACUUCCUAACCCUCGAGAUAUUCCGGUUAUGUUUACACAAAGAUUUUGAAUAAGAAGAUCAAAGAUACAAAACUAAGAACAGUGUGAUAAAAGAACGAUUUAAUACAAGUGUAUAAAAACACAGAGAAUACAGUGUCAUCAUGUGCGCUUCAAGAAGUCAGUGUGUCAAAAAGUAAAACACGUGGAUCUGCCAUCCUUCUUUUUUACACUACAUACCGUUGAUGCUCAGUAGAUUUUUUAAACAUGAGUAAUAGUGUAAGAACUGCAAUUUUGAGAAAGAUUACAGACUCCGUUUCCAACAUAAACGUACUCGACAUCGCGUCUUGUUUGCAUUUAAAGCCUCACAAAGCCAACGGAGUCUAUUCGUAUCUAUUACCUUUGAAAACGAAUCAAUAUGACAUACAGAAUCAAGUGCAAAAUAUUUUAACUCACGAUCCAAGUAACAUCUUCGACGUAGGUAUAGAAAAAAACGCUAUCUCUUUCAGUCUGUCUCGAGAGAAACACAUCAAGAAUGUGCUCGAACAUAAUUGUUCCACAAUAUCGGCUCCGAGUUUUGUCAGCGAGAAGAAGAACGUAAUAGUGGAAUUUAGUUCGCCCAAUAUCGCAAAACCCUUUCACAUGGGACAUCUGAGAUCUACAAUUGUUGGCAAUUACAUUGCCAAUAUCAACAGCUUUGUGAAAAAUAAUGUCAAGAGAAUAAAUUACUUAGGCGAUUGGGGCACUCAGUACGGUUUGAUCCAACUCGGAGUUGAUAUGGCAAGUAUUCACGAGGACGAGAUGAAAAACAAUCCCAUAAAAUCCUUGUACACGGCAUACGUUACCGCCAACAAGUUGGCCGAAACCGAUUCCUCGGUGUUGCAACGUGCGAGAGAAAUAUUCAAGGAUCUCGAGACCGGCACGGGAGUUACAUUUGAACAGUGGAAAAUGUUCAAACAAUAUACGGUCGAAGAAUUAAAGAGAACUUACGGUAGAAUUGGGAUUACGUUUGACGAGUAUCAUUGGGAGUCGAUGUACAACGCGAGAAAAAUAGAAAAAAUAAUCGCAAUGAUGGAAGACAUGCAAUUACUAGUGACGGAUGAACUGAACAGAAAAGUUGUGAAUCUGGAAAACGAAAAGAGCGUUCCCGUAAUAAAGAGCGACGGCUCCACUUUGUACAUAGCUAGAGAUAUCGCCGCGGCCAUCGAUAGGUUUGAGAAGAACAAUUUUGAUCGCAUGUAUUACGUGGUUGACAACGCGCAGAUCAAUUAUUUUUCAAACUUGCUGGAGAUAUUGAGACGAAUGAAAAUGCCGUGGGUUGACAGACUGAGACACGUGCAGUUCGGCCGAUUAAACGGGCUGCGUACGAGAAAGGGAAACAUCACGUUUCUGGAAGAGAUUUUGGACACCGCCAGAGAUGUCAUGAAACAGAAACAAAUAGAUUCAUCCACCACUAAAGUUCGUUUAGACUCGACAGAUAACAGCUCGGACAUACUAGGUAUCUCUGCGAUGAUUGUUAACGAUUUAAAAAGAAGACGACAACGAGAUUACACAUUCGACUGGAACGCAGCGUUUGAUUUGAAAGGAGACACUGGGGUAAAACUGCAGUACGCACAUUGUCGACUCGUCAAUCUGGAGCGCAACUGCGGCGCCGUCUUGGUUUCGGAAUGCGAACCGAGUCUUCUGCGAGAGGAAGUUGUUGAUGACCUGGUCAUAUUAAUUUCCAAUUUCGAAGAAGUGGUGUUGAGGUCGUACGAAGAAAUGGAAUCGUGUGUUUUAACAGCGUAUCUUUUCAAUUUAACACGUGCAAUUAACAGAGCUUUCAAAACGUUGAGGGUGAAAAACGAAGCGCCCGAUGUCGCUAGUCAGAGGUUGCUCCUGUUUCACGUCUCUAAAAAUGUUCUUGCACAAGGUAUGAAACUACUUGGUCUAAUGCCUCUGGAAGAAAUGUAGAAGAGCUCUUUUUUUAUUGGGGGGAGGAGGGAGGGAGUCGGAAAGAAAAUGGCACACUUUGCUAUUAACUUUCUACGUGAGACGAUCAGAUUCAGUUGAGACAACAAAUCAAAUUGUUUGAAAACGUUUAGCUUUUUAUUUAUCGUCUAAUGUUAAUUUACGUGUGUAUUGCGCGAAGAAUUAUGAAA